ACAGCUUCCGUUCUGGUGCGAAAGAAUUGAGGAGAAAGAGAGGUCGAUUUGGUGUGUUGUAUUAUCUGACCACCUUCCCGCUGGUGCUAGACAUUCUGUUGAGUUUCUCUCGUGCAAUGCAUCGGAAAGACUGCAUGGGAGGGAGAGAAGGAACGGGAUACAGUCGGCGUCCUUGACAGCGUCUCUGACAGCUAUUCCUCCGCCUGUUCGGGAACGCUGCAUUAGACAAAAUAAUCCGCUGCCCGGCUCCCUGUGAAAGUUGCUGCUUCACAUGUUAACGUGACCGAGAGGAGGUUGGUGGGGUGAGGCACUCUAUCAACUCCAUGAGGCCGGUGUCUCUCCCCCGGGGGGUGGCCCCAUUUACAUCUCGCUCUCGCUCUCUGGUUACCCCAACUCUUGCAGAGAGACGCGAUGGUCCCUACAAUGUCCGUGUUGCUGUCUCUCUCGAUAACAGCCUGCGCCUUGGUGUUCAGUAACGGAGCCCUUCCGCCAACACUCGAGCAACUUUAUCUACACCGGCCAGAUGGAGGUACAUGUGAAGUCAUAGCAGCACACAGAUGCUGUAACAAGAAUCGAAUUGAAGAACGAUCACAGACUGUUAAGUGUUCCUGUCUGCCAGGGAAAGUAGCUGGGACAACCAGAGCCAAACCAUCUUGUGUUGAUGCUUCCAUUGUUAUUGGGAAAUGGUGGUGUGAGAUGGACCCCUGUAUAGAGGGAGAGGAAUGCAAGACAUUACCAGAUAAUUCAGGAUGGAUGUGUGCUUCUGGCAACAGAGUUAAGACUACAAAGUUCCAUGUGACUCUUGCCAGCACCGCAUAAAGGCUGGAGUAGAUUCUGGGAUUCGUGGGUCGAAGAGAACUUGACCCAGGCAAGAAUAAGAAAUGGCACAAAAGGACACAGAUCCAUCCGAGAACUUAAAACCCAGACUCCAGACAUUUCGUAAUGAUGGAAGACAGCCAUUAUGAAGGACAGUUAGUUGAACCACUGCAGUCAUAUCAGAAUUUACAAUAUAACAAGUGUAGUACCAUCUGAAGUAUUCCUGGACUCACUAGAUUUGCUACUUAUACACUGACUGAUCGUCACUGUUGCUGACGAUUGUACAAGGACAAUGUCAAGUACACUAUCCUUCAAGUGAGAAACAACAAGAUCAGAUAGUGAAUGGUCAUCAGCAAUGACCUCUUAUUCUGGAGUUGGACACGACGAUACAAUUUUAAAACUCAUCAUUAAUGGGUUCUUUCUGAUCUAGCUUUGCGGUGGCACUGUACACUCAAAAAUGCAAGUUGCCAUGGAGUUGAUCCAAUUGCCAUUGUCAGUAGGUAUACAUUACUGACUGAAUAACUCAAAUCCUAUUUCAAAAAAUGCAUCACAGAGAAGCAAGCUGAAAUAAGAAAUAACAUCCAACACACUUGGAAAACAGAUACUUUAUUUCUAUAGAAGAUGUUUGAUUCUGCAAUCAAUUACAGCUUCUUACAUAAUUCCCAUAUGGUUCUAUUCCAUGAAGCACUAAUAGCAUGCUGGCUUUGCUCAAAAUACCAUGUCUGACCAAUGUACGAUGUUCAAUGAUAUGAACAACGCAACAAAAAAUCACUUCUGGAAUUCACAUGGGAUGUUACAAAGAACCUGUUCCAGCUUUUCCAGAUAUAAAGUACCAGGGUUAUAACCAAAAGAUACUGAUGUGCAUUGACAGUACCAGUUACUUUCCGUGAUCAUCGUAAUCCAUGGAUUUCUCUCUUUGUAUUCAAGAGAGAUGUACGUACGUCUGAAUACUUUGUAUUAUUGGUAUGGUCUACAGUAAAUUAAACUGUUUACUCUUACAGUGGUUGCUCAUUUCUACUAGGAGAUUAAAAAUGUCAUUAUCCUAAACUUGAAGUUUGAAUGUGCAAUAAAUUAUACACUACCGAAUCACAUCAACAGGAGUCAAUCUACAUCACGACAACUUAAGAAUGAUGAAGGUGAUUUAAGUGGGACCAUCUGACGGUGCUUUCUUCACCCAAUACAUUCACCAAACAAGUUAUUUAACUUAAUAAAGGUAAUGUCCUGUGUAACAUUUGUAUUGCAAAGAAUCAGAAAGCAUAUUUGUUGAAUCAAUAUCAUUUUGCAGUCUGAACUGUUCAUAAUAUUCAAGUUAAGUUAAAUUCUUUUAAGUCAUUUGAAGAAAUUAUCUCUUUUUUCAAACUGAACAUUUGACACUUUAUUCAAUUAAACACAGUCAGACAUAUGCCAUAUUCGAGACAUUCAUUUUAUUCGAUCUAUUAAAUAUAAAGUUCUUGAAGUACAUAUUUAGUUGAAAAUGCCUGUAGUACUUGCAGCUCCUGUAAGCGGAAUGAUGACAAGCAUUUUCAAUGUUUCAUAUAUCUCAUUGUGUGACAUACAUUUGCUACUAUUUUGUAAUAAGAGAGCAAUCAUCCUUCAAUUGCAUAACUGGGCCACCAGAUUCUCUCAAUUACUCAAAAUGCUUUCUGACUUUAUUUUUCAUGCAUCAUUUUUCUCAGUAACAGAAUUUUUUAGUGUCCAAAAUCAAUAUUUAAACAGCAUAAAUGAU